CUGAUAUCAGAGAUGAAAGAUGUGUUAUGACCAACGGUGGCUGAAAAUACAAAAUCCGCGAAAUAGCACAAGAUUAUGGAUGAUUGGCAGCAAAAUUGCAGUUUAUACAGUGGGUCUCCUCAGCAAACUUUGGUUAGGUGGAUUCAACUCUUUGAAUUUAGUCAACAAGGAGUUAUUAUAUAAAGCUUUGGAAAAUCGUCUGCCAGAACAAGGAUUGAUAACAGUUGCUAACCAUUACAGUUGUUUUGAUGAGCCUUUGCUUUGGGGAACGUUGAAAUGCAAGCAUCUGGUAAAUCACAAAUUGAUGCGAUGGUCACCUGCAGCCCAUAACAUAUGCUACACCAAUUACAUCCACGCCUUGUUUUUCAGUCUUGGGAAGAGUGUAGCUCUUCGUAGAUGUGAUGGUGUGUAUCAGCGAGGCAUGGGCUUCCUGUCAGACAGGCUAAAACAAGGUCAUUGGGUGCACUUUUUUCCAGAAGGGAGAGUUAACCUAAACAAAGAACAUUUGCGACUCAAAUGGGGAGUAGGACGACUUAUAUCUGAAUGUAACAUCACCCCAGUCAUCAUACCAAUGUUUCAUUUGGGUAUUGAUGAUAUUCUGCCGAACAGAGAGCCUUACAUACCCAGGAUAAGAAAGAGAGUGACCGUCCUUGUUGGAGAGCCUAUCGAGAUCUCAGAGGAAAUCAGUCAUUUAAAACAAGCUCACAAAACACCAAGGGAAAUACGGAAGUUCAUCACAGAUUGCAUUCAAGAGGAAUUGAGAGUUCUCAGGGUACAGGCAGAACAAAUUCAUGCUGCCUGGAAUAGUUGACAAUAAAGGCCAAAGCUCAUUGUGUGUGACUUCAUGAAAUCGUUUUUUGUGCUGUGAUCAUCACUGUUAUCCACCAGCAAUCAAUAUUUUCUGUCCAUGAUUUCAGAAAUUGUCAGCUGUGUAAUGUAUGAAAUUUGAGUGAAAAAAAGAAAUAACAAUAGGCAGCAGCAGUUAUUCCCUUGCAGUGCUUUUUGAUUGUGACAGUUCUUGAUACAAUGGGUGUUUUUGUCAAUUCUCCGAGAUAUUGUUCUUUGGCAGUACAGUUGGAUUCCAACAGUUUUGACACAAUCCAUACUUCUGCCAUUUCAUCGCAAUGUUCCCUCACAGAAGUUUGAUUCGCAGUUUGUCCAACUGAAUAUUUGUCAUUUCUUGCAAAGACUGAUGUUAAUUUACAGUGCAGUUUGAUUCUGACAGUUUGUGACAAUUUUUUUUUGUUUCUUCCAGAUACUAAUUUUGCUUCUGUUUAAGCUUACAAAAGAUUAUGAUGACCCUUUCUUAGAGGUAAACGUUACAUUGCAUGUAGUGAAUUUAAGUGUCAUUCUUUCCAGGUAUUUAUUCUGUGCAAAAGUAUAAAGUUUGUUGUUAGAGACUUUGUACACACUCAUGUUAACCUAUAAAGCACAUUUUGUACUUAUUUUUUGUAUAAGUUGAAUAUCUUGAAGAAAUGUGCAAGCUUACUCUGUAUAUCACCUUUUCCAACAGUCAAUAUUUACAAUUUCCAAAGCCUUAGAUAAAUGUAAGUACAUCAUGGUAAUCACUGGGAAAAAUAUGUAAAUGUAUGCUCUUUAUUCCUGCAGGAUCCUGUUGCCUUCAUCUCUCUUUAAUUGGCCCACUAUCACUGUCUGUGGGUCUUUGUCACUGUAAGCAGCUGAUGAUGCUUGUGGGACCGUUCAUUGUAGUCUGUUAGAUGUUAUUGGCGUGAUACGAUAAUGUUAUUAGCACAGGCAUUCUGCUGUGCAUAUGGCUGGGUUUAAAUAUUUGCCGUUAAGAAAGGUAAAACUAAAAAGCUCAGAUAUUGACUUGCAUUGUUCAAGGCUUGGAGAGCUGUUUAUCUAAGCAGUUUUAAUAUUUUACCUGUAGCUCUGAUGCAUACCAUAUUGAACAUAUUUCAUGAAAUGUUAGUCUUUUCACAGGUGCAACAUGUAUUUUCCAUGGUAAACCAAAGUAGAUCUUGCAAAUUCAGAUUUAAGUACAUGUAACCUAUGGUACAUUUAACUCUCAGUGUGAGGUGGUCUUUCAUAAUAACAUCUUUCCUGGCAACAGGCUGGCCAAGGUACGCCACUUCCCAUGGCCGUAAGUUGAUUUUGCAUAACUUUAACACAGUAACCAAUCUCCACUCAUUCACAUUCACUUUGUUUUGGAAUAAAGAUUCU